GGAAGCAACAACUCUUAAUGCAUGGCAGUGCGUCAGAGCAGCUCACCCCAUCUUCCUGCGGCUCCACAUACAGCUCAUCACCGAUCCGGGACAGAGAAUGGAUGGCUUUGGCCAGCACUGGACGUGUGUAAGAUCUGAGGAACGUUGCCGUGCACCAUCUCUCCUCCCUUUAACUGGUGAUUUAAAUGGUUGUUGCUGAAGAGGUGUGACUGAAACAACAUUCGUAUACUGAAACCACGGACAUUUGGUGAACAGGAGAGACACAAGAAGACAUAAGUUAGAAGCUGUUUUACAUUGGACACCAAAAGAGAGAGACUGCUGCUGAAACUUUUGAGGAUUAUGGAUGAGUGGAGGAGUGGAGGCACUAUGACAGUGGAACAUCCAUGAGACGAAAGAAGAAAAUAUUUCUUAUACCUUAAGAUGAUGAAAACAUAUGAUAAUGUAAAAAAAUGGAGCAUGAAAAAAGAAGGAAACAACCAUCACAGGAGUAUUAACCACGCAAGUUGGACUAAAGGGUGACGUGAUUCAUACAGCUUAUUUCUUCUAAUGGUCUCUUUUUUAAAGUGACGCAUUACAUAAGACUGUGGAAUCCCUCCCUGUUUAUCUUAUAGUGUUCACAUUCACUCAUCAUUGUCAUGCUUUUCUGUGAUUUCUGGCUUUGAUACACAGCAGUUGUGUUCCCAGAUGUCUCAGUCACGUAAUUCAACAGACAGUCAGGCCUUGCUGCAGUCCAUGCUGCAGAGACUGAAGCUCCAGCCGGGAAGAGAGGGCCAGACAUUCCUGCACACAACUCUACCCAUCACAGCUCCUUCCACAUGGGGGCAAGCGGGAGAGACAGGAGCCUCCAACCUCCAGAAAGUAAACAACAGUCCUGUAAACGGCUUUGAGUUUGGUACCAAUGGUGUCCCCUCAAAACAGCUCGGUAUCUCUGCUGUGGACGGUAACAUUGAUCGUGGAAUACAACAACCAGGUCAUGGCACUGAAGUGGACAGUGGUCUCAUUUCCUUUCCCACCCAGAAAGACAACAUUGAUGACACGGGUGAGAAAAGGGUUUUGGGACAGGCCACGCAGCCUGGGAUCACUUCAACGGGAACAGGGCAGCUGUUUCCUGUUAAAUCACUUAAGCAUGCUGAUAUCACUUCCUUUGAGAGGACUGAUGGGGAGAGGGUGAGUUUUGGCAGUUCUCCAAUGACGAGGCACACCCCUAGUGAUAAAGAUGCUGUAACAAGCAUGGGACAGAAUCAGGACCUGGACCGGGGUUUUACACCCAGAGUCUUUGUGUGGUCCUCGAAGCCCACAGAUGCAAAUGUUGACACGGGAAGUCAAGGGGAUAAAGUUUUACAUAUGGGAAAUGGAGGAUUUGGAGAUUUGGCACAAAGUAAAGGCACGCAGAUUGUCCAGACUGACCAAAACACAACAAACAACAGCUUUAGGAGAAAGCAGAGACCGUCUGAGAAUAAAACGAGAAGAUGGACUCAGAAGAUCAAGGAGAGAUGGAGGGACAGGCCGGGGAGUUUUGGCAAAAAGGGAAAAGAAGAAGACGGAAGGGAAGACCAGAAGAGUAAGCAGGGAACUGAGCUUUCACCCCAAAACCAGCUACUGGCAGCAGAAACUCUUAUCACCACAUCAAUUAAGGAGGAAGAAAGGACCCCUGCUUCACUAGACAGUAGUGAUACCAGGGUAACCCCUCCUACACACACAGAAGACAGCACUAACGAAGGACGUAUGAGGUCUACUAGUGACUUUGAGUUUGGCCUGGGCUCAUUUAGCUUACUGGAAGAGAUCGUCACGGGCCAAGAGUGGGCCAAGUUCCUGAACCCCAACCUAUUGGUCACCUCAGCCAAUCAGAGUCCAUCAGAAGAACUUAAAAUUCCACCAAAUCCUUAUGAUAGCAGUCAAUCACCUGUGAAACAGCAAGGAGGCGUGAACAACCAGUGGAGCUUCAGGAGCACUGAGGCAUCACCAAUUUCAGAUUUUAGCAUGGCGCAAAUAUCGCCUGUUCCUCUCCUUCCUGUCAGCAUGGACCUUUCAGAAGGAAGACAGCAGCAAGUUCCCAGAGUGGCUGACCAAUCAGAACCAAUGGAGGAUGGACAAACCCAAUCAGAUAUGCAGUCUAGAGACAGUAGACUGGGACAGCGACUUAGACCUGUUUCCUUUGUGCAGCCUGCAGAUAUUCUGAACAACUCAGUGCUGAAGAGCAGAGCCCACCAAAACAGAAAGAGACAGCAUCAGUCAGCUAAGAGGCUUCAAACUGAGAAAAUAAGUGACGCAAACAGAGGGGGAUCCAUAUCCUCACUGAGCCCGACAAGCAGCCAUGUGAUGGAGGAGUCAGGAGAGUCAGGACGUGAUAAUGUCAUCCCUUUAUACACCCUGAACUCUCCUCUUCCACCGCUCUCUCCGUCUUCUUUGAGUCCCUUUGCUCCUGCACCCAGGGGUGUCCUCAAACACUCCAUAUCCCAGGAUUCAGAGUCCUCAGUGGAAGUAGUGACAAAAAGGCGGCGCGUCGAGGAGAACCGACGGGUUCGUUUUUCAGAAUCAGUGAUGACCAUAGAUCCUCCAGAGCUGGAUCUGGAUGCUACAGACUCAGAGGAGGAUUCAGGAGCGGACGAGGACUCUGUGACAGAGCAGGGCUGUGAGGUGGAGCAGGCAGUGAUAGAGGAGGUGGCACCAGCAGCACGCCGGUCUGCUCUCCCUGCCUGGAUACUGGCUCUGAAGAGGAGGAAGCACAGAUAAUGAAACUGCAAAAAAUAAGCAUUGUCUUGCUUAAAAUAAAUGAAUAUUAAAUUAAAUCAGCUGAGACAGAUUGUCUUAAAACCCUGGAACAUAUUAAUUGCAUCAUAACUUCAACUUUUGGGGAUUUCUUUAGACUUCUACUACUAGACGUUCUGCACUGCACACAGGAAGUUUGCUAACUGGAUUUCUUUCUGGACUCCUCUGUGUGUCUUACUGCUCCUCGUCCCUCUCCAGACCACCACCGUGCUGAGAGUAUUUCAAGCCAUGUACUGCCACACUGCUUUGCUAAGCAGCACUUUAGGAGCAGCUGUUAAAGGGGAAAAGAGGUCAGACUUUUCCAGCUGCACCGGAGGUUUAAACUGGCAACAAUUCUGACCUCCUCAGCUCACAAGGACUAUGUUUAAGCAUCAACUGUCAGUUUUAAUUUAAGAGACUUGUUUUUGUCCACACUCUCCUCUCGGUCUGUCUAUCUAGAUUGGAUUAUAUACAGCCAACGUGGCAUGAGCUGCAGAAGUGUUGAGACAAUUUAGUUGCUGUAUUAUUGCACCAGCUUUUACGGACAGACUACUCUGCUGUCUGUGUCUCUUGGUAAUGGCUCCCUGUCCGGCCAUCCUGAAAAUUAACCCGAGCAGUGGCAGAAACCACUGAUGGACACGGCCAGUCUGUGGCUCUCUGUUCAACUUUUGAAAUGUUGAAACUAUAUUUUGAAGCCAAUUGUUUCCUGGAAAGAAAUGCCUGAGCACUGAGAUAUUACAUCCUGACAAUAUUAUCUGUUUAAGCUUUUACAGACUGGUCCUAGAGCUACAGUAAUGCUUCAGUGUGCGUGUAGCAACAUUGGAGACUGUAGAGCUACAAGACUAAAAGAAUAGUUUGACAUUUUGGGGAAAUGUGCUUAUUCCUGUUCUUUCUGUGAGUUAGACGAGCCAAUGUCAAUGUCUGUGUGUGUUUGUCAUUUUUACACUUUUGUAUGAAUUAAACAAAUUAUAUAUGAUCAGUCGUAAACUUUAGAUGUGCUGGUUGGUGAAUUUUGUUACUUUUGGACAGAAACAAGGCUAGCUGUUCUCAGUCUUUGUGCUAAGCUCAUUUUCAUACCUGGAAAAGAAGUGCAGACGCUUCUGCUGCCGUAUCACCAGACAUUAAGACAGCUUCUUCCCUCAGGCUGCCAUCCUCAGCACUUCAUCAUGCAAAAUGUUUUUUUUAUUUUUUUAUUUUCAUGACAUACUUAUCCAUUUUUAUUUUGUUUUACAAGUAGCAACAAUAAUCUAAAGUUCAUUAUAUGUUGUAAAUGACAAUAAAAUAACCUUGAAUAUUUGCAGCGCAGAUAUUAGAGUGGUAUCCUUCUUCUAUUCUGUCUUUAAGUUAACAAACUACCAUCUUAUGAUCCUGGAGUGCAGAAAAAGUGUUAACACCCAUUUUUUAUCUUAUAAUCUACAUUGCACCCUUUACAUGAAAAACAUCCUCCAGCUACCUCAUUGUCCCAGCCACAUUAAUUCUUGAGGAAGUUACAAUAUCUGCUUUUUCAUGCCUCACAAUGGCACACACAUCCAGUCUUGCUUGGCCUUCAGAUUUUUGGUUGUGAAAACUUGGAGAAACAAUUUGUUCAUUCUGUCCACAAACAGAGUGAGCAGAGGCCUCAUUCAGACAAAUAGAGUACUUUGUGGCACUGUGUAUCAUAUUCUGACAUUUCCAUUACAUGCAUUAUAUUGAUUUAUAUGAUUAAAUUAGUACAUCAAACUUCAUGGCUAACUGCUGUCAA